GGCAAGGCAAGGCAAAGAAAGCAGGUCGCAGCCAAACAGGAGGCGCUUGGUCUCGAAAGCUACUGCUUUUCAGAUGAGAACAAGCACUUUGUAAAAAGGGCAAGGUCCUUGCCCUCUGCUGACCGCAUUGUCUACUAGUGAUGUGAAGAUGCAUAAUAACCAGCAAAAAUAAUGACCUCACUGGCCAAUGUCAUUGCUUCCCAGCAGGCUGACUGGGUCUGCUUCAAUGAUGGGCACCACCUACCUGCUCCCUCGCAAGACCAUACUGAGGAGCAACUUGAGGGAUUUCUUUCCUCUUCUGAUACAUCCUCAGAAAGCAUCCAAAACCUCGAUCAAGAAUUUCAGACUCUUGCACAAGCUGACUUGGGAGACGCAGUGGACAAACCAGCUGUGGAAUCCACAUCAGUAUGCUCACCUGAAAACUGUCCCUCCCCAAAGCCUGAUUUAUCUUCAUCCUUUAGCUCCUGGGUCCAGUUUGAGGAUGCGCCCUGGACUAGCACUUCACUGGAGCAAACUCAUACAGACUCUCCUCCAAAAAAAUUCUGCUGGGCAUGUCCCCCCUUGGGAUCCUCUGAAAAACAGCCUCUUACCUCAGAUAGCAGUUGGACAACUACUUCAGAGAACACCAGCAGCCCAAGUAUCACUCCUUCUUAUACAGAUCUUCAAUCUGUAAAUACAGAAGAUUUGACCAGUGGGGGAGUAUCUGCAGCAGACUCAACUGACAAUUCCUCAUCCCUUCUAGAAGAUGAAGAGCUAGGUAUGGAAGCCACCAGCUGCCACCUGAACAGCACAUCCAUUAAUGGCCACAGCGAAAUUUCAACAACAGCUCGUUUCCCCAGCUGGGUGACAUUUGACGAUGAUGAAGCCAGGUGUACUUCUCCACCAAUUGUAUCUCCUGUGAAACCAGACACACCACCAUUUGCAACACUAUCACAAGCAGCAACAGUAACAACAGCAUCAUCAAUAACAACAGCACCACCAACAACAGCAACAGAGAUCAUAGCUGUGACCUCUAGUACUCUCUCCUCAUCUUUUAAAAAAAGAGAGCGUCCCAGAAGUGCACUGGGUGAUCUCACUAAAGUUCAAAAACUAGACCUUUCCUCCUUAAGCAGAUUACUUUCAGUUGAUGGGGCACCUCCUUGGAGUGCUACUAAUCCAUUCCUUGAUGAUUCUCUAAAUGAUGUUCAACCUUCCCCCAUCAACCCAUUCAGUUCUUUUUUUGAGGAACGAGACAAACGUUCCCAGACCUACCUUGCUUCAGGCAACUCUGGUAGAAACCAGAGAGAUUCCCUCAUUAUUCUCCAUCAGGAGGCUGAUACUAUCAGCUUCAAUGAAUCAAGUAAACAUCUCAGGCACAGAGAUGCCGUUGAACAACUGAAACAACUUCAGAUUGGGGAUCCUGAUCAGCUCAGCAGCCCUACUCUACCUGAUGAUGACCCUAGCAUACCAACUCAGCUGGACCAUACCUUAUCCAGUUUGGGACCACCUCAGCGAAAUGAUGGCUGGCCGAUGAUGUUGAGGAUACCAGAAAAAAAGAAUAUCAUGUCCUCUAGGCACUGGGGACCAAUUUAUGUCAAACUGACUGAGAGCAGAUGCUUGCAGCUCUUUUAUGAGAAAGGACUGGAAAAGCCUUUCAAGGAAUUCAAACUUGAUAUCAACCAUGAAAUUUCAGAACCUAAGCUCCAGAACUAUGAUGAGAAUGGAAGGAUACACAGUGUGAGAAUAGACCGAACCACCUACAAGGAGAAAAAGAAAUACCAGCCAAAACCAUCUGUCUUGCACACAGCAGAGAGAGAACAGGUUAUCAAGUUAGGCACCACCAAUUAUGAAGACUUCCUCAGCUUCAUCAGGUCAGUCCAGGAUACACUGAUGGAUUUGCCUGCUUCAUCAACAGACCUGAGCACUGUGGGAUUAAACUACCAAGAGGAGGAGAUUACUGUGGAUGUAAAGGAUGAGUUUUAUGGCACUUUGGCCAAAGGAGACAACAGGAUUUUGCAGCAUAAUGUGUUGACAAGAAUCUAUGUUCUCACUUUUCUUUCUGGCCUAGCAGAAUGCAGGCUGGGUCUCAAUGACAUCCUUGUCAAAGGGAAUGAAAUUGUUUCCCGGCAGGACAUCAUGCCCACCACCACCACCAAGUGGAUUAAGAUAUAUGAUUGCCUUUUCCACUCAUGUGUGGAUGAGGAGGCAUUUGCCACUGCCCGUGCGAUUCUGUUUAAUCCCUUGGAUGCCUGCAGGUUUGAAUUAAUGCGCUUUAGGACGGCAUUUUCUGAGAAGACAUUGCCCUUUUCCUUGAGGGUGGCAGCUAGCAUCCAUGGGGCUGAAGUGGAGCUUCAGAGUUGGCUGAUGAUGUCCCCAGGGUUCUCCUCCAACAGAGACCCACUAAAUCAGGUUCCCUGUGAAAAUGUGAUGGUCCGCUAUCCUGUGCCGCAGGAGUGGGUGAAAAACUUCCGCAGGGACAGUGUUCUUGGUGAAAAGUCCUUGAAAGCAAAGGUGAACAAAAGUGCUAGUUUUGGAUCCGCCGGUGUUUCUGGUUCUGAACCAGUAAUGAGAGUAACAUUAGGAACUGCCAAAUAUGAGCAUGCCUUUAAUUCUAUUGUGUGGAGGAUAAAUCGACUGCCUGACAAAAACUCUGCUUCAGGUCAUCCUCACUGUUUUUUCUGCCACUUGGAACUUGGCUCAGACCGAGAAGUGCCUUCAAGUUUUGUCCACUAUGUGGACGUGGAAUUUGAUAUGCCAACUACUUCUGCAUCCAAGGCCACCAUCCGGUCUAUCUCUGUGGAAGGCAAAUCUGAUGUCAGGAAAUGGGUCAACUAUUCAGCACACUACAGUUAUAAGGUGGAAAUAGAGCAGAAGAAGAGCUUGAAUGCAGGCAAAGUGGCAGAAGACACCAGUAACCCCAAGGACUGUGCUGUGCAAUGAGGGAAAGGUCCAUCUUCAGUUGGAACAGUAAAAUCAACAGGGCUUGAAGAAGAGAAAACACAGCAGCUUACCUGCUCAGGCAGAAGAUCCAGGAAAUAUUUAAAGGGCUGUAAGGUUUUCUUGCCCUCUGGAACCUUCUUUAGAGAAGAAACCCUUGAGAUUUGUUUACAACAGCUUCGUGACUUUGAUAGAAGCCCACAAUGAAUGUAGGGCUUUACAGUUCAUCUAAGUCUGCCUUCACACAUACCACUAUACUUCCUGCAGUGAAAUAAUAGUAUUUUGAGAACUGCAGCUGAAGUGGUAUGGCCAUAGUCCUGUUAAUAAACUUUUUCCUAGUAAGUACUUGACAUGUCCUAAAAAGAUGGUAAUUUAGUCCUCAGAAAAGGUCUCCCAGGUAGUCUGAAGAAUAACUGAGAAAUGGACAAAUGAGAAAUACACCAUGGGAUUCCUUUUUUUUAAACCUAUAAUAUUCACAUCUCAGUGAAAAUGUGUAAUAACAUUUUCAUCUCAACCCAUGCAACCACUGGGCAUUUCAGUAGGUAGAAGGCAGGUCAAUUGGCCUGCCCUAUUUGUCAUCUUUGAAAGAAAACUUUUAAAUAUUGCACAUUUUGUGGUUGUUAGUCAUUGAAAAACUACUUUAUUUCAGUUGAUGCUACAUGCAGGAUUAUUCCUUAGACAAAGCCAUAGCUUCCCUUAUAGGGGAUUUGGCUGAAAUUUGAUCAGUGUUGGUUUGGCAUAUAUUUGGAGGAAACAAACGUCAUCUGAACUUUUUCUUGGAUGGUUAAGUAGAGUCGCAAUUGUUUGUUACCUAGUUCAAUUUUUGUCAAGAAACUACAACUCCCCCUUUUAGUGAACUUGGUGGGAAAUGGUUCUAUUUAUUUGACUGAGUUCUUUUGGCUGAUGCUGUCAAUGCUAAUUUGAAACACUACAUCUCAUCCUAGGAAGACUACAGUGCAAACUUUCUGUGUGCUAUCGAUAACUGAUGUUAUUGCUUUAUAAUAUUUAGACAUAAUGGCUUUGUUUUCAGGACUUUCUGCAUAAUAGUUACAUGCAUAUGGAAAAAUCUUCACUUUGAGGAAUGGGAGAACAUAGUGUUUAUAAUCCUAGUUUCUAGAUGAUACGGUUAUAAAAUGCCUUGGUAUGCCUCAGCAGGAUGUUUGGGAUGAUGGUGGCUAGAGCCAUUUGAAUAUCUACUAGACAAAAUGAAUUAUUAUUAUCAUUAUUAUGCUUAGUAUAUUCACAGUCUUUUUCAUAUGGUAGAAUUUCAGUUAUAUUUGGCUACAUGUUGGAAAAGAAAAGGGAGAAAUGGAGAAAGAGGGAGUAAGAACAUAGAGCCCUGUGUACAAUUUUUCUCCUUCCUCUCAACAAUUUUCUACUUCAGAUAAAUUCGUAGGAAGGCCAAAGUUAAUGGGAUCAGGUUUUAUAUCUUUACAUGAAAGAGAAAAACAUAGGGUGAGGCCAUAGUGCAUGGGAACAGAGUUUAACACACGUACAUACCAUGAUGCAGUUCAGAUUAAAAUUGCAUCUCCAGAGCUGUUUUUCUUAUAAGGGAAGAGUUACCACUGGCAACAUUAGCUUCACUUAUGAAAUGAACGUACCAUGAGCAACUCACAGGAUGAUCUAUUUUUAUAUAUCAGCAAUGCCCUUCAGAAUAGCACUGUUGCAAAGUAGUAGUAUUUCUGUUUGGACAUUCUGUUGGAAAGAAAAAUGACUGAUGGGUUAUAAAUGCCCCAUAUUAUUGCCUCAGGAAAUGUUUGUAUCACAUUGGUAUCCCUUUCCCAAAUAUAAUUAAUUCACCAUCAAAGCCAAUUCCACCAUUUAGUAAUGUGAGGUAAUCUCCUUAGAGAGCAACAAAUGGGUAUCACAAAAGAACAGGAGUUCCUCGUUAUUUAUUUGUUCUUAUUGCGAGAUUUAUUAACAGUUGGCACUCUGCAUCCAUGAAUUCUGUGUUGACAGUUUCAACCAUCUUGAUACUAUUUGGGGGGGGGGGGGGACAGAAAAGGAAAACUUGAUUUUGCCAUGGACUGAGCACGAGACUGAUGUGUAGAUGUAUUCUGCUAUAGCUUCCCACCAUUUCACAGAUCCUCAAACUCAUUUGAGUUGUUCACCAUUUUAUGUAAGAAAUGCCAUUUUACUACAUCAGUGUACAAUGGGACUUGAGCAUCCAUGGAUUUUGGUGUCCUUGGGGAGUUCUGGACCCAAACCCCAGCAGAUAACAAAGGUACCAUGGGUACCACUUACCCCAGCUAUUGCUGUACUCCAGACCUGGAAACACCUAUGAUUACCGCACCACGCAAGAGUGUGGUGGAAUAUAACCAAACAGUUUAUUGUAAAACACAUAAAAAGCAUAUUAAAAACAGGAAUAAGAAAGGAGGAUAUAUUAUCCAAAAA